GUUAUAGUCAAUGUCGUAACUCUGGCAAAAAGAAUGGUAGCGAGAUCAUUACACUAAUUUUAGCCUACAAUCCGUUCCAAAUGGAAAGUAAUUAUGCACCAAUUUCCUUUCCUCCACCUGGAAUAAAUCAUUCGAAUUUCUCGCUUGAUUUUUAAAAAUUCGACGCCCUCGAACACCAUCGAAAUUUAUUCAAGUACCCCAAGCCUAAACUACAACAUUCGAGAAGGUCUCCGAAAACACAAUGGCAACUUCCACUUUCCACAACGCAACCACUGGUUUAUUCAAUGCUACAAAUACCACGGUCGAUCUCAAUAACACCUGCACCAAUAGUACGACUUGGGACAGCUUCUGCAUCGAACCAGGUUUCAUUGCUGCUAUCACUCUUAUUGUAGUUCCCUUGUGGCUAGGCAGCUUAGUAUUCGCUAUUCGAUGUUCUCAAGUUCGUUGGAUCACUAAGUUCAGAGGCUAGUCACGUGAUGAAUAGGAGCGUUGGAUCAAGGGCCAAAGUUGUCUUUUGGGUUUGGAUCUGGAUAUGGACGUGGAGAAGGUAUCUUCCUGGUGGGGAGGAAAAGGUGGAAGGAACUUCUUGUCACAGACUCCAUUCUCAGGUAGACGUUGACAAUAGCCAAACAAUUAAUACAAC